AGGCAGUUUGCCUUGUUUUGCAAUCACGGAUCCUGGCAAUGCAACCUCAGAAACGGAUAUUUUAUCUGGUUAACAUGCAUGUUGCUAGCUUGGACUGUAAAGCAUGACUGUUAACAUUUUGCGGUUGCCCUUGUGGCUCUGUGCUUUCAAAAAUAGUCAAGAGAAGAAUGGCACCAGCUUCCAUGUGUUCGACCAAGGACGCUUUGCCAAAGAGGUGCUGCCCAAGUAUUUCAAACACAACAACAUGGCCAGUUUCGUCCGGCAGCUGAACAUGUACGGCUUCAGGAAGGUGGUGAACAUCGAGCAGGGGGGUCUUGUCAAGCCCGAGCGGGACGACACCGAGUUCCAGCACCUCUGCUUCCUGCAGGGCCACGAGCACCUCCUGGAGCACAUCAAGAGGAAGGUGUCGGUAGUGAAAAGUGAGGAGACCAAGAUGCGCCAGGAGGACCUCAGCAGGUUGCUAUACGAGGUACAGAUACUGAGAAGUCAGCAGGAGAACAUGGAGUGUCAAGUGCAGGACAUGAAGCAGCAAAAUGAAGUUCUUUGGCGGGAAGUAGUUUCUCUCCGGCAGAACCACUCACAACAACAGAAAGUGAUCAACAAGCUGAUUCAGUUUCUGUUUGGCCAGCUCCAAUCAAGCCCUAGCAGCACUGGGAUAAAGAGGAAGCUACCUCUCAUGCUUGACAACGGGAUCUCAGCUCCGCAAGUGUCCAAGUUCAGUCGGCAUUUGUCUACAGACCCCCUCCAUGACCCCUAUUUCAUACAGUCGCCAUCGACAGAACCUGCCUCUUGCUUAAACAGCCCUGCAAUUGCUGGAGGACCCAUCAUAUCUGAUGUUACUGAAGCAUCACCAUCCAACAUAAUAAAUAUGCAAUCCCCUCCUGAAAAUGACAGAGAGAAGUGCCUCAUGCUGAUCAAGGAAGAGCCAGUCAGCCCUGGAGUGAAAGCCACCGCUGAGCCUGACGUCCCGCUGCCAGGCUGCAGGGCUUGCUCCGAGCCCCCUGUGCUCCCGGUCGCCAUGGUUCAGUCUGUUUUGGAAGGCAAAGGGAGCUGUGGUGCAGCCCCACCAGGGACCUCACAACCAUCCGAGAGAAGAGGCAGAAGGGCAUUGCUGGACAGAACAGAUAUUUCAGACCCGUUGGAGGGCACCGACUGGAGCUUGGAAGGGCUGCAGCUGCUGCUGAGGAGCCAGCAGUACGGCCUGGAGCCCACCAGCCUCUUGGAUGUCUUUAAUCCCAAUUUAUCUUUGAGUGAGUGGAAUUUGACUGAAAUGGAAGCCAGUCUGUCCCCGAUGCAGCGACUCACAGUGGAUCUGGAGAAGAAUGCAACUGAGCUGUCAUCCAAAGUGUUCAACCCACCGUUUAACAGCACCUGCCCAGGGAAAGAUGUCAUUCUUGAAAGCGCCCAGCAAUUCCUCAUUGAUCGUCAGUCAAUCUUUGGAAAUGACCUCAUCAGCUUGCCUGAAAGUUCAUCGCUUUAUGUUCCAUCUGAAAAUAUGGCUUCCUACCUGUCCUCUGUGGGUGUCCAAGGGGAUAUCCCAUUAAACCUGAGCUCUUCAACUGACAACAACCAGUGAUUUAGCUUCCAAGGAGCAACAUCUCCCUCCCACCCAUCCAAGCAUCCACAGGUUUGAAUGUAAAGAAACAAAAGUGACUCAGAAACCCACAAGAGAGUUUCUUUUUGUGCCCUUUCUUUUUGAGUAGAUGGAAAUGGUCAGUAGCUGUUGCAUUACCCUCCCUGCACCUGGAUUUCAGUGUUUGCCCAGGAUAACAAUUUUAAAACAAAAUACUGCUUCUGGUGCUUGCUCCUGUGGGGAGUGAGGACUUGGCAGGAUUUUUGUUUCUUGAAAAUGCUUUUAGAAAUUUCAAAUCUUCUAAUAAAAUUUAAGUGAAGAGUAGCUUGAAAGUACAUCAGGGUCUUCAUAAAAUAAAGUGAUCCUGACUAGUGCCCGCAAUGGCAAACUGUUGGAUUUUAUUGGGGCAGCACAGAUUAGCUAAGACGCCUGACCCUUCUGGAUGCUGUUUUUUAAAUAGGAAAAUAGUUCUAUAUGCCAGUCCACUGCUCUAAAAAUUUCCUCUUAUCCAUUUUCUGUUUUUGAUGGAAUGUACUUGUGCCUCUCCCUUAUCCUCCUAGGGUGAAUAGGAAAAUGAAGAUCUCUCGGGGUGUGCAGAAGAUCAUUUUCUGAGUGACCACUCCAAGAAUGUGUCUCUGGCUCCUAGGGGAGCUACAGACCAUCACAGACCCCACAGCAUCGCAUGCCGAAUUGAGAGGGUUUGGUGUUUGUUUUGGGUUUUUUCCCCAAUCUAUUUUCUCUAAAUGCAGAGCACCCUGUACUUAAAAAAAAAAAAAAGAAAAAAAAGGGAUAGACUCUUCUGCACACACAAUUUUCCAUUUGCAAAGAGGACUGAGAGAGCAUACUCUGGGUUUUGGUGCUGGCUGUGUUCCAUGUCCAGUCCAAUGACUUUUUUCCUUGGCCUUGACCUGUUCUAUUUCCCCUGAAGAUGUGCCUGUUGGUUUAUUGAUGUAUAAAAUCUGAUGAACCAGUUUAAUUGAUUGGAUCCCCUUUUUAGAAGGACUCUCAGCUGCUCAGUGCAGGAGAAGAGGCAGAAGGGUCAGUCCACCACGUCCCGCUAACUUUUCUUCUGUCCUUUGUGCAUCUGAGACCAGCCUCCAAAGGUUGAAUUAAUCUUCCUCCUCCAUGUGGUUUCUGACAACUGAGUUUCUCAACAAAGCAGAGCUUUGUUUUUUAUGCUGUAGUUCUAAUGAGAACGUAUUAUUUAUCUCAGUAUCCUCUAACAGAGUUGCUUUUCCUUAGGAAAGCUACCCAAAUGCAGUAAGGCAGACCCGGGAAAUUCAACUAACUCAGGCCUCCUAAGGGCUUAGACAGGGAGGUGUAAGCCGUGCCAGUAUCAUUUGAAGGACUGCUCUGCCCACUUUCAUUGCCGUGACGAUUCUUGGUUCUGAACCGUAUUUCUGAGCAUCUUGAAUGGUCAAGCAGCGUCCACCCCAAAAUGUAGUCAACCAAUCAGAUGAAUGCAGGCUCAAAUUCUCCGUAAUAAGAUGAGCAUGUUUUAAAUGGACCUUCCUGUCACAGCCCUUUCCUCCAUCCAUUUAUCAGUAUGUGAACAGAUGUGUUAGUUCAGAAACAUUCACUUUUGAGCACAUUUUCCCCCAGCUAACUACCGUGUGCUGGGAGCUCUGUCACCACCUUGGUGGUGCAGUCUUUGCAGAAGCGAGGUUGUGAGAGCUUCUGAAUUAAUUCCAGCCACUGUUUUUGUGUUCAGGACUAAGGGAAAAUUCUGGCAGCCCCCAUUGGCCUGGUAUUUAGAUGAUGUGCUUGAGUGUGUCAUGGACAAGGUUUUCCUUUUUGACAGAUUUGUGCUUAGAAAGUUCACCUAGAUCAGCCCAUUUGCCACUGUAUUUUGUCAUUUCCAGUGAUGGAAAGUCGUUGAGUUGCACUCUGUUUACUUCUUUUCUCAUAGGUAAUUGAAAAUGAUCUGGUGUCUCAUAUCACCUGACAGAGUACGUUAUCCCUGUUCAAGAUUUACAUCCUUCUCUGAACCUUCACACACUAGAUUGCCUUAAUGUUAACACUGAAUGUAUUGAUCCAAUAAGGUAUUUAAGCAUGUGCUUAACUUCAAGCUCCUGAGUAGUUUUCCCCGUAUUUUUAUGAAGCCCAUCACAUGCUUGAGGUUUGACAUAUGCUUCAGUGUCUUACUGGAUUGUCUAGUUGGGGUUGAGAAAUGAACCAUCUUAGGAGAGCUACUUGCAA